AUGUUUGAAAUUUUGUUCAGACCAGCCGUCACAGCGCCAUUGGUGCUGUUGACCUGCUACAUAAUCUACAACUGCUUUUUCAAGUCAAGCAAACUGCAGGACAUUCCUAUUGCGGGUACGCGGGAGGGAGAUUGGUUCCCUUACUGGCAGGCAAAGUGGCGCAACACUCUGGACAGCAAGAAUGCACUCAAUUCUGCGUAUAGGCAGUUCAAGGAUCAACCGUAUCGCCUCCCAGUGGCUGGCGGCAUGGGCGAAACGGUGGUGCUGCCCAAGAAGUGGACAAGUUUUGUCGCGUCCCAGCCCGAUGAUGUUCUCAGCCUAUACAAGCAAGCCGCCGAAUUUUUCCAGCUCGAUCACACGUUUUUGGACAACAAGUUUCACAGCCCACCGGUGCAUGUGGAUCUUAUAGCCAGGGACCUAACGAAGCAGAUCGGAAACUUGGUGACCGAAAUGGAAGAAGAAACUCGGCUAGCUCUCAACAAGGAGUGGGCUAUGCCGGACGCCUGGACCGAUGUCAGAGUCUACGACACGGUUCAAACAAUGCUGGGAAUGGUGACAGCCCGCGUCGCCUACGGGAAGACCCUCUCGCGCGAGCCUGGACUUUUCAAGCUGUCCAUGGAGUGUGUGCAACGAUCAUUCGUGUGCGGAGUGGCGCUGCACUAUACUUGGACCCUUUUCCGACCGGUCCUCGCUCCGCUGUUGAUGAUCCCUGUCAAGAUAACAAACCGCAAGUUCCGCAAGAUCGUGGCGCCGGAGAUCAGGCGCCGGCUCGCCGACUGGGACUGUCGCCACACCGACAUAGAGAACCAGAAGGACGUGUCCGGGUCCGAACCCAACGAUUACCUGCAGUGGGCCAUACGGCAUGCCAAAGAGUUGGGCGAUCCUUAUCUCUGGAGAGAGGACGUCCUGGCCAGCCGUCUCCUGAUACUCAACUUUGUCUCGAUUCACACGAGCACUUUCACCCUUACGCACGUGAUCCUGGACCUCGCCUCGUGCGACCAGGGCGUCGUUGAGGAGCUGCGCGAGGAAAUAACAUCAGUCUUGGCCGAGCACGGCGGCGAAUGGAGCAAAAAGGCCCUGAACAAGAUGGAAAAGCUCGAUUCGACGUUGCGGGAAUCGGCGCGCCUCAACUCCCUGGUCACCAUCGGCAGCAACCGGCUCAUCAUCUCGCCGCAGGGCCUGACUCUGCCCAACGGCCAGACCCUGCCCAUGGGCGUCAACAUCAUGCUGCAGGCGUACCCGGUCCUGCACGACGACGUCGUCUACCCGGACGCCGGGACUUUUAGGCCGUUUCGGUUCGCUCAGGCGAGGCGCGACGAGAGCGUCGACUACGUCCAGCGCGCGCGCAACUCGUUCGCCACGACCAGCGCCGACUUCCUGGCCUUUGGGCACGGGCGGCACGCAUGUCCGGGGAGGUUCUUUGCCGCGGCGGAGCUCAAGCUCAUGCUGGCGCACAUACUGCUCGAUUACGACAUCGAGACGAGACAGAGGCCGAGGAACAAGUGGUAUGGUGUCAGCAGGACGCCGGACAUGGAGGCUACCGUCAGGAUCCGGCGGAGGAAGAAGUAG